AUGGCUACCUUAGGAGCGUCCUACGAGAAGCGGCACAAGGUGACGGUCAUUGGCUCUGGAAACUGGGGCUCGACCAUCGCGAAGAUCGUCGCCGAAAACACAAAGGCAAACCCCAAGAUUUUCGAGCCCGAGGUGCAGAUGUGGGUCUACGAGGAGGAAGUCGCAAUACCCAAGGACUCCCCCCACUACGACGCCUCGGUUGGUGACGCGAAGCAGAAAAUAACGAGCAUUAUCAACAAGUACCACGAGAACGUCAAGUACCUGCCCGGCAUCAAGCUCCCCGACAAUGUCAUCGCGAACCCCAACCUGAUCGACGCCGCCAAGGACUCGACCAUUCUGGUUUUCAACCUGCCCCACCAGUUCAUCGACAACGUCUGCAACCAGCUGCGCGGCCACAUCGUCCCCUACGCUCGAGCGAUCAGCUGCAUCAAGGGUGUGCACGUGUCCGACGACGGUGUCUCGCUGUUCAGCGAAUGGAUCGGCGACGGCCUAGGCAUCUACUGCGGCGCCUUGUCGGGAGCCAACAUCGCGUCUGAGAUCGCUGCCGAGAAGUGGUGCGCGACGACCAUUGCCUACGACCCGCCGCCCAUGGAUGCUAGCCGCAACCCGACGCCCAGGACGCAGAGCCCUGCCGCAAACCAGACAAAGUUCGACCUCAGCAUCACGCCCGUCAACCAGUCGCACAAGGACGCCCGCGGCCGCAACAGCAAGGUCAAGCUCACCGCCGUGCCCGACACCUUCCCGCCCCUCGACCACAUGACCUUCAAGGCACUGUUCCGACGGCCCUACUUCCACGUGCGAAUGGUGUCGGACGUCGCAGGCACUUCGCUGGGUGGUGCUCUCAAGAAUAUCGUCGCUGUGGCCGCAGGCUUCGUGGUGGGCAAGGGCUGGGGCGACAAUGCCAAGUCGGAGGUCUGCCGGCUGGGAAUAGUCGAGAUGAUCAAGUUCGGCAAGGAGUUCUUCGGGCAGACGGUCAACACGGCGACAUUCACGGUGGAGUCGGCUGGCAUGGCGGACCUGGUGACAUCGUGCUCGUCAGGCCGAAACUUCCGCUGCGCGAAGAUUUCCGUUGAGCGCGGAGUCAGCGUGGCCGAGGUGGAGCGUACGGAGCUCAACGGGCAGAUGCUGCAGGGCACCUCGACGGCCAAGGAGGUCAACUCGUUCCUCAAGGCGCGGGGGCUGACGCAUGAGUACCCGCUGUUCACGGCCGUCAACGACAUUCUGGAUGGGAAGUGCCAGGUCGACGAUAUCCCGGACCUGGUGGCGCAGUCGGAGGAUUGGGAUCUGAAUGGUGAGUUGGUGAGGGACGAGUAA